UUUCUUUAAUGCGACGUGCCGUAUUCCGGUUUGUGUUGGUCUGUGCUAGCAGCAAUGUUGCUGUCAUGGAAUUCGUUUUUGACCUUAUUGUUGUGUUUUGUUGGACGACAGGUGACGUUUGCGUUACAGGACGUUACUAGCGAUUUAUUUGGCUCGGAAAAUUACGGCACCGUGGCGGCUUUCGGUGACUUUAACUCGGAUAAACAGACUGACAUCUUCAUCAUCAGAGAACAAUCUGAGCUGUUGAUUUUCUUGGCUGAUCUCAAAGCACCGUAUUUCAAACCUAAAGUCCACUUGACCAAAGAGGUCUUUCCUCGUGACAGCAUCAGUAGUGUUGUCCCGGGUGAUUAUGAUGGAGAUUCACAGAUGGAUGUGCUUAUUACUGCCCACCCUAAAGGCUCCGGUCCCUUAGAAACAACUGUCUAUAUCUUCUGGGGACAUAACCAAACUUUAAACCAGAGUGCAAGGUUAGAUCUGAACAAGACCUUUAAGGAUGAGCCCCUUGUCAUGGACUUUAAUGGCGACAUGAUUCCAGACAUUUUUGGAGUUGAGGGUGAAUCAUUAGUGGUUUGCUAUCUCAGUACCAGGAAACAAAGAUGUGAGAAGGCUCUCGGCUCUAAUGUCAACAUGCGUGUUCCUCAUUCCAAUGCUUUCAUCGAUCUUAACAAGGACUUUACAGCGGAUUUGUUCCUGACCACUGAAUCAAACAAAUUCGAGACCUGGUUCAAUAAGGAUGGAAAUUUUACUCAAAUGCAGCCUGGAAAGGCACCGGAUGAAGCCAAGAAAGUGGGUCAAUCUGCAUUUGUAGACUUUGAUGGUGACGGCGCCCAAGACCACCUGUUGCCGGUCUGUUUGGAUGACGCAUGUCAGAAGAGUGCCAUUUACUUGGCCAAGCCUGGAGGGACAGAGCUGAAGUGGGUGCCGGUGCUGACAGACUUCCAGAGGAAGGACUCCUUGUGGGGCUUUGUGCCCCCUCCGGACAGUCCCGCUGUGAGAGAACUGCACAGUCCCAUCACCCUACACUUAGGGGACUACAACUUAGAUGGCUUUCCUGACGCUCUGGUUAUCCUCCGUAACACGACCGCCAGCACACAGCAGCAGCAGGCGUUCCUGCUGGAGAACGUGGCGUGUAAUAACGCGGACUGUCGCGAUGCGGGACGGAUGUUUCGUGUGCACUGGGAGCAGUCAGAUCUCAGCGCCAUCCCCAGGGCUGUUGUGGCCACUUUUUUUGACAUCUAUGAGGACGGUAUAUUAGAUAUGAUCGUGCUCAGCAAGGUGGAAGGGAAGGAAGAGCUCAUCAUCCAUGCUUUGAAGAACAACUUUGAGGUGGAUGCAUAUUUUGUGAAAGUGAUCGUGCUCAGUGGCCUGUGCUCCAAUGACUGUCCAGAAAAAGUCAAGCCCUUUGGUGUGAACCAGCCCGGUCCUUAUGUCAUGUACACAUCGGUGGACUCGAACGGUUAUCUAAAGAACGCGUCUGCCGGGCAGCUCAGCCAGUCGGCUCAUCUCUCUCUCCAGCUGCCCUACACAGUGCUGGGUCUGGGGCGCAGUGCCAACUUCCUGGAUCACCUGUUUGUGGGCAUCCCCCGGCCCCUUGGAGUGAAGGACAUGAGGAAACAGGAGUGGACCGCUAUCAUUCCCAACUCCCAGCUCAUUGUAAUACCAUACCCACAGAAUGACCCUCGCAGUUGGAGUGCAAAGCUGUACCUAACCCCCAGUAAUAUAGUCUUACUGACUGCGAUAGCAUUGAUUGGCGUGUGCGUCUUUAUUCUCGUCAUCAUCGGGAUACUGCACUGGAAGGAGAAGAAAGCAGAUGAUCGGGAGAAGAGACAAGAGGCGCAUCGCUUCCAUUUUGAUGCCAUGUGAGAAAAUAGACAGCAUCAUGGGUAAACACUGAAAACAUCAGCUCUGAAUUCAUUUCAUUGAAUGUUUUAUUGAAUCAUUUAUUUUUAUUUUCCUACACUGGAGCAAUUUUAUGCAUUAAAAAAUGUCUGCAAUCAGAGGAAUCCUUCUUGAGAGUAAUACGUAGUUUCUACUGGAUUGUAGACAGUAAACUGUAAUAAUGUACUUCUGUGGAUCUGUUGAAGAGCUCUGUUUCUGUGAACACCAUAAGGAUGUUUGCACAUGGACAAGAAGUGUUUGUACCUUUCAGUGCCACUUUUUUGUAUUUUGUUUUGGCAUAAUCAUGUUGUUUCUUUAAGAGAGUGUGUUCUUUUCUGUGUUAUUAAAGUAACAUUACUAAAUGUCAAGUGGGCAGAAAUAGAACCGGUAAUUUUGUCUUCUCAUUUCAUCCCAUGCUUUGGAGAUACACUUGGUGCAUUUUGAAGGAUUUAAUUAUAUUUGUACUUAGUGUAUGGAUGCAACUGUGAGUGAAAGCUCUUUCACUUCACUAAACCCGUGUACUAUGUUUCAUAAAUUGACACAUUUAGCUACAUAGAGCAAGACCCUUCUCUGCCUGUAAACAAAGUUGGCCUUUGAUUUUAUUAGCCAUUUGGCUGUAUUCAACCAAAAAAGGUAAAAAUUGCUUCACUCUGCCACAAUAACUGUCAACAGUUAGUACCAACAACUCCCCUAGACAAUUCAAAGCUGUUGUCUGUAUGCACUAUAUAUAAACAUGCCAUUCAAUGUCAAAGCAGUAUCAAAUUCUAAAGCAUGUCAAGUCUCCAUCCAUAAUUAAUGUCCAGUGCUCAUACUCAACACGAGGUGGGAUGCUCUGUUUCAGCAUACACUACCUUCUGUGUUUACAUUUUAAUCAUUUAACCCUGUGUCUCGUUUUCUGAAUCAUUCCUAGAAGGUUGUCUUUGCAAUACUAAAACUGUGGGUUUUUUAUUAUGAUUACUGAUGCAUUUGUGUUUUUAUUCAUUAUGUAUACACCUAACUUAAUUACUCUAUGUGCUACUGAAAUUGUUUUAUUUUGAAGGGUUUUGUUUUAAGCUGUAUAUAUCUGACAGAAGUUCUGAUCAUUGUGUUAAUUUAUUUGCAAAUCUCUUUACAUUUACAUGGUGUUAUGGGAAAGUACAUGCACAUUAAUUUCCCUUUCAAAGAUUAAUUUGAUUGCCAAACUACCAAAAACAAUGCGGCUGCAUACUUGACCUUUGUUUUUAAAAGCAUGUAAUUACUGCAGAUGGCUGCACAAAUUGUAUCUGUUCAUGUGCAUAUUUGUGCUGUUUUAAUUAUUCAUUAAUCACUCAACAUGUUUUGGGUUGUUUGUUAUUAGAUGUAGUUUGGUUUUCUUUGAAAUGUUGUAAGAAAAAUAAACCACGAUUUUUGAAA